CGCCGAACUCAGCGCCCUCCGCUGGGUGGUCAACAAGCGCGGGUCUGGCGGAGCGCGGUGGCGCUCGAAGACCGCGAGGCGACCGGGGGCGGCUGGGUCCCCGGCGGCGCGGCCCCCGGCCGGGCCGGGAGCCACGCCAGUCGGUGCCCCCGGCCGAGCGCGGUCCGCCUCGCUCUCAGCGAACAUCCAUCCGGAGUGCGGCCCGCGGACAUGCCAGAACCACCAGGGGCGCCGCCGCCGGCGCUCGAAGGCCGCGGAUGAAGAAAGUGCGGCCUCGCUCGGCCGGGAGCGAAGAGGUGGCCGGGAAAGAAGAGGUGGCCCAGAAAGAAGAGGUGGCCCGAAGUGAAGAGGUGACCCAGAGCGAAGAGGUGGCCCGGAGCGAAGAGGUGACCCAGAGCGAGGAAAUGGCGGCAGCCGGGCUCAGCGUGACCGUCACCCAUAGCAAUGAGAAGCACGAUCUUCAUGUUACCCCACAACAGGGCUGUAGUGAGCCAGUUGUCCAAGACCUGGCCCAGGUUGUUGAAGAGGCCACAGGAGUCCCACUGCCUUUUCAGAAACUUAUAUUUAAGGGAAAAUCUCUGAAGGAAAUGGAGAAGCCACUGUCAGCACUCGGAAUACAAAAUGGUUGCCGAGUCAUGUUAAUUGGGAAGAAGAGCAGUCCAGAGGAAGAGGCUGAACUAAAGAAGUUGAAAGGUUUGGAGAAGUCUGUGGAGAAGAUAGCUGACCAACUGCAAGAGUUGAACAAAGAGCUUACUGGAAUCCAACAGGGUUUCCUAGCCAAGGAUUUGCAAGCUGAAGCCCUCUGCAAACUUGAUAGGAGAGUAAAAGCCACUAUCGAGCAAUUUAUGAAAAUCUUGGAAGAGAUUGACACACUGAUUCUGCCGGAAAAUUUCAAAGACAGUAGACUGAAAAGGAAGGGUUUGGUGAAAAGGGUUCAGGCAUUCCUAGCUGAGUGUGACACGGUGGAACAGAACAUCUGCCAGGAGACAGAGCGGCUACAGUCCAUGAACUUGGCCCUGACCGAGUGAGGUCCCGGUGAGGAACCCAGGAGACAGAACCACCAGCACUCCCAAGGGGCCUCUCCUCACUGAGGGCUUCUCCACUCACCCUGGCUGACAUGAGCCAUCAGGCCCCUGGUGCUGGAAGGCUGAAGAAAUGGGACAAGGCUUGGGUCUUAAAUGAGGCUAGUCUGAAAGAGUUUCAGGGCAGGCCCGAGGUCAGGGUGGAAGCUGGGUCAGGACUGGGAUCGGAGUGUGGGACAGGAUGGGGUGAAAGAGGCAGUCUGGUGGUGGUGGUCAUAAGACUGAGAGAGAGUCUGACUUCCACGCUUAUGAGUUGUGUGAAGUUGUGAGAGCCAUCUCCACUCUUGGAUCCUCAGCUUCCUCCUCUGCACACACUGUAAAUGAAUAAUAGUAUUCUUCUCAUGCAGGAUUAAUUGAAAUCAUGUAUGUAGAAGUACUUGAUUUCUUUGGCCCAAUAAUAGGCCUGGGUCUGAUAGGCUGACAGUGGAGAUGCCGAGGCUGCUGGAUGGGAAGGCAACUUUGAGCCCCCUUGGUGAAGGCUGGGUUGAGGGUCUCAGGGACGCCAGCACCACUGCCUUAGGAUCCCUGCGGACAUCAGGCCCAGGGCCAAGGUGGAACCAGGAUUCAGGGACAACUUGGUGUCUGUCCUCCAGAGUGAAGGGAUGGAUGAACGAUGGGGUGUGGUUGGGGGAGGCUGGCACAGACUGUGGGCACCAGAGUAUCUCUGGCCUGAACCCCAUAGCCUGUCCAUCUUCACUACACAAAACAGAGUGCACGCUCAGUCCUGCUGAGCCCGGGCAGGGGAUUUCGCUGGAGACCAGGUUGGGGAGAUCUCUUGAGGUCCUGGAAGCCAGGUUUGAGACCUUGGCAAAGGGGCUGGGCCAACUCAGCCUGGAAGGGCAGCCAGGGGAGCCUGCAGGCUCAGGAAGCUACCCUAGCCACCUCGGAGCCAUCAGUUACUUGAGCAGGAGUAUAAAGAAGAAAAAUGCUGGUUUCUUAGCAUGGAUGCAGAAGGAAGACCAGGAGAUACCAGGACAGCAGCCCUGGAGCCCAACCUGGAAGGGGCUGCCUUACCAUUCUUGGGGAAAUCAGGCUUGUCGCUGACACGGGCGUCUCUGAAAGGCAAAAACACGAGUUAGGUGAUAGUGACUUAGGUGCAGGUCUGGCAUCUGAGGACUGUUUUGGGAGACCUGUUCCAGCUACUGUCUAGUCUGGAAUUCCUCAAGGAGGGGUAUUGAGUCACCAGACCGUGGGGGAAUCUCAGAAAGCUGCUAUAACCUUGGGUUGCUAGAGCAGAGACAGAAAAUCUAGGGUUAGGGAGGUGGCAGUCCAGCCUUAUCUUAUUAGUCAGAUCCCACUGGGAUUGUUAUAUCCCAUAUAAUAAUGAAAGUAAUUGAAUUAGCAUGAAUCAAGCAUGGAGAACACAUGAUCUUAACUCCUCUUAACAUCUCUAUCACCAUCGUGUAACAGGGAGGGAAGGAUGCUGCGGUCCGCUACCCACAUCCCACUCGCAGGCCAGACUGAGGUGCUCAUUUCCUCAGCUGCUGUGAGUAUUGGCCACUCACAGCAAAUCCCUUCCUAGAAAUGACUCUCAGAAAAAAGAGUACCUCACCCAUGGUCGCAUCCCCUACCCAAGAACAGGCCAUAUCCAAUGACACGUCGAUGUUGGUACAAUGGCCAGAACCCCUCAUUUCUACUGAAUAAUGCGGAAGGGCCACCCCAGCUCCAAAGCUCCCUGUGGGAUCGUUGGGCAGAGCUGGGACCGCACACAGGUCUGCCACUCCCCAGCCUGGUUCUUUUCAUACACACAGUUGUGCCUCUUGGCUCUUAAAGGUCUCGAUGCCCUGCUUGCAGGACAUGAACAAGCUGAUGUGAGUGGAGAACGUGACAGGCAGAUGAGGGAACGGAGCCACAUCUAAUGCCACAGGUGGAAGGAAGGGUGUCUAUGUAAAUUGGAGAAGGGCAGGCUGCUUCCUGAAGUCUCUAAAGGGCUAUCCCAGGGCCAAAGGAGAGAGGAUCUCUUCUCAACCUUACAGGGCAGAGCCCAUUCAUGCGAGGAAGCUGUAGGGAGGCAGGUUUGAGUUCCAGAAUUUUCUCUCAGUGGAAACUCUGCCACAGUGAAGGAGGCUGUCUCCAGAAGCAGAGAGUUCUCCCAUCACUGGAGGUGUGCCCACCACUGUGGUUUUAGCUUUUCUUGGGGUUGCUAUUAAAAGAGAUUUCCAAGGUAGAUAGGGAGAAGGGAAUUGAGGUGAAGUGACCCCUGAAAUGCUGUUUAAGCAUGGCACAUUAAGAUGCAGACCCAGCACCACACUGCUCAAAACUCUCCUGUGAUUGUGAAACUAGAAAUGAGAAAUUACCCAAGUGUCCUUCAACAGAAUGGGUAAACUAUGAUACAUACAUACACUGGGAUACAACUCAGAAAUAAAAUGAGCAAACAAUGGUUAUAUGCAACAACAUGGCUGAAUCUCAAAACAUUGAGCAGAAAAAGCCAGACACAAGGCUACAUACUACAUGGAAGGGGCACCUUAGGCCAAGGUCAAGGGCAGCCUCGGGAUAAAUACAGCUUACUAUGUGACAUUCUAGAACAGGCCAAACUAAUUUAUGGUGGGGGGAAAAAAAGCAGUGGUUGACUCAAGGGUUGGAUAAGG